GUUUAAGGCUUAGAAAGUAGGAAUUUAACAAGAAACAGAUCUGUGAGUGGGAGCUGUGAGAGACAGAAAAAGGGGGUGUGGACAGUGAAGUGCUGGAGGGUCCGUGUUUGUGUGUGUGUGUGUGUGUGUGUGUGUGUGUGUGUGUGACAGUCAGUCAGUCAGUUGGCUGCUGCUGCCUCACCAUGGCUGUUCUCUCUGCAGAGGUCCUAUGCUGGCAUGCUCGCAUUGAGGAGCUGGAGGAGGAGCUCGAAGCAGAGCGGGCCAUCAGAAUCAAGGCGGAGAAGCAGAGAGCAGAUCUAAGCCGAGAGCUGGAGGAUGUCACUGACCGGCUGGAGGAAGCAGGAGGCGUCACCGCCUCACAGAUGGAGGUGAACAAGAAGCGAGAGGCUGAGCUGCAGCGCCUGAGGCGAGACCUGGAGGAGACCUCUGUCCAGUCAGAAGCGCUGGCUGCGUCACUGAGGAAACGGCACAGUGAUGCCAUGGCAGAGCUGAGCGAGCACUGUGAGGCUCUGCAGCGGAGCCGGGCCAAACUGGAGAAGGACAAGCAGAACCUGAGGAUGGAGGUGGACGAGCUGGCUGCUUCUCUAGACAGUCUGCAGAAAGCCAAGAUGGCCUCAGAAAGCCAGAUGAAGAAGCUGGAGGAGCAGCUGUCAGAGGCCAACAAAAGAGCGGAGGACAUGCAGAGGGCCCAGGCCGAGCUCACUGUGGCCAGGAACCGACUCUCAGCUGAUAAUGCAGACUUGAGUCUACAGAUGGAAGAGGCAGAGAGCAGAGCCAGCCAGCUGAGCCGCUCCAAGACUCUGCUCACAUCGCAGCUGGAAGAUGUGAAGAAACAACUGGAUGAGGAGGUCAAGUGUAAGCAGGCGGUCAACAGCAGUCUAAGCUCAGUGCAGCAGGAGUGCGGGGCUCUAAGGGAGCAGCUGGAGGAGGAGCAGGAGAGCAAGCACGAGCUGCAGCGGCUCGUCUCCAAACUCAACAGCGAGGUGACACACUGGAGGAGCAAACACGAGGCGGACACCAUCCAGCACGCCGACGAGUUGGAGGACACCAGGAAGAAGCUGGCCACCAGGCUUCAGGAGGCCGAGGAGGCUGUGGAAGCCACCCAGGCCAAAUGUUCCACGCUGGAGAAAAGCAAACAAAGGCUGCAGGUAGAGGUGGAGGAACUCUGCAUGGACCUUGACAAGGCUGGGAGCUGUGCUCAGGCUCUGGAUAAGAAGCAGCGCGUCCUGGAGAAGUACCUCGUAGACUGGAAGCACAAAUGUGAAGAGUUGGUGGCGGAGGUGGAAAGCUGCCAGAAGGAGGGCAGACAACACGCCAGUGAGCUCUCCAAAGUCAGGACGGCCCAUGAAGAGUCUCUGGAGCAGCUGGAGGCCCUGCGCAGGGACCACAAGGCUUAUCAGGAGGAGGUAGCGGACCUCACUGAGCAGCUCUCAGAUGGAGGCAAAAGUGUCCAUGAGCUUCAGAAAGCAAAGAAGAAGAUUGAGAUGGAGAAAGAAGAGCUACAGGGCUCACUGGAAGAGUCGGAGGCAGCUUUGGAGGCCGAGGAGACCAAGGUUCUGAGGCUGCAGCUGGAGGUGUCUCAGGUUAAAGGGGAGAUGGAGCGCAGACUUAAGGAGAAGGAGGAAGAAAUGGAAGCUACUAGAAAAAGCCACCAGAGGGCACUUGAGACCUUGCAGGCCAGUCUGGACGUGGAGGUCAAAGGCAAAAUAGAGGGGCUGAAGCUGAAGAAGAAACUGGAGGCGGCCACCAGCGAGCUGGAGCUGCAGGUGGAGCUGCUCACCAAGAACAACGCUGAGCUAAGCAAGAGCAGCAAGAAGAUGCAGCAGCAGAUUAAGGAGCUGCAGGCCCAGCUGGAGGAGGAGGUCCGGAGCCACGAGGAAUGCAAAGAGGACCAAAGGGCCUUGGAACGCCGCUGCAUGCUGUUGGUCAGCCAGAGCGAGGAGACCCUUGCAUCCCUGGAGAGCGCCGAGCGGGCCCGACGGGUCAGUGAGACGAAGCUGCAGGAGGCUAACGAGAAGCACAGCCACCUCAACAACCAGUUCCAGUUGGCUGUGAGUGGGAGGAGGAAGCUGGAGGGGGAUCUCCAGACUCUGCAGCAGGAGCACGAGGAGAUGCAUGCAGACCUGAGAGCAUCCACAGACAAGUCCAAGAAGGCCAGCUGUGAGUUGGAGCGAGUGGGGGAGGAGCUGCGUCUGGAGCAGGAGCGCACGGUCCAGCUGGAGAGAGUGAAGAAAGGCCUGGAGGCUCAGGUCAGAGACAUGAGCAGCAGGCUGGACCAGGCCGAGCAGAUGGCUCUGAAAGGAGGCAAGAAGAUCAUCCAGAAGUUAGAGGGAAAGGUGAAGGAGCUGGAGCUGGAGUUGGACUCAGAGCAGAAGCGGCACACUGAGACAGUGAAGACUCUGAGGAAGAACGAGCGUCGGCUGAAGGAGCUGCUGUUUGAGUCCGAGGAGGAGCAGAAGAACCAGCAGAGGAUGCAGGAGCUGGUGGAGAGGCUGCAGAACAAGAUGAGGGCCUACAAGAGACAAGUGGAGGAGGCAGAGGAACAAGCUACCAUGAACCUGACAAAGUACAGGAAGAUGGUCCAUGAACUGGAUGAGGCUGAGGAGCGAGUGGACAUUGCUGAGUCAGCACUCACCAAGAUCAGGACCAAGAGGAGGGGCAGCUUGGGACAGGGCUACUCCUCUGGUUACAGUACCCCAUACCCUGGCCUGGUCCGCUCCCCCAGCUCCGUGGGGUCAGAGGGCAGAGGGGAGAAGAUCCUCAACGAUGAGGAGUCCAUCAGCUCCCUCAUCCCAGCGUAUCUCAACUCGCUCCAGAAGCUGAUGGUGGAUUAGAAACCCAGCGGGGGGUCAUCACGGGCAAAAUGUCAGAACUCCAAAGGUCCGACUGGACAAGUGCUACAGCACUGUGUCUCCACACAUACAGGUUGCUAACACCUGUGUGUGUGUGUGUGUGUGUGGGUGUACGCUACAUUCCCAUUGAACUUUUCUACAAUGUACUCGUUAUAUGA